AUGAGCAGCACGGACGUGGCGCAGCGAAAGGCGGAGUGGGAGGAGGGCGUGAAGAAGUUCCUCGAGGUGGCGGCCAGCACCGACGGCUGGGCCGAGUCGCACGAGAAGCUGGGCGUGCAGGUCCAUAGGAAGGACACCGAUGCCAUCGCCAUCAUCAAGGGCGUGGGCGUGAUCAAGGCCAAGCCCGAGGCGGUGGUGGAGAUCUGUGCCUCGCUGGAGCAGCGUCCCAGGUGGGACACCUUCUUCGAGGGCGGCAAGCUCCUGGAGGUGCUCGAGGAGCCCAACAACCUGGCGUUCGGUCACGGCUGGACCAAGGGCGGCAUGGGCGUGUGGCCCAGGGACGUGGCCCUUCUGCUGGGCCAGCGGCCUCUCACUGCCGAGGAGGGCGGCGGCUACGUGCUCUACGGCCAGUCCAUCAAUGGCGUGGUCGAAGAGGACACUUCCAAGUUCGUUCGUGCCACGGUGCACAUGUCCGGCUUCAUCAUCCGACCGCUGCCCGACAAUGCUGAGCACUCGUCCGUCACCUACAUCUUCCAGAUCGAUGGUGCCGGCUGGCUGCCUUCGUCCAUCACCAACCUGGGCUACACCUACCAGCCCCUCGGCAUCAUCGGCCUGCGCAAGAUCCUCACCGGCUCGCCGCAGCCCUAG